CCUUUUCACGCAAGCUUUUACAGACACUCUAACCCUCUUUCACUCUGCUAGAAAACCUCACUUAUUCCUAUCCCUGCAUUCGAAUCCCCAAUCCCUUUUUCUCUAGGAUUUUCGUUGAAGAAUAUGGCGAGCACAGAACCGGUGCACGAGCACAGAGAAGACGAAGAAGCCGUCGCCAACGAGGACGAGGACACCGGUGCUCAGGUCGCCCCGAUCGUCAAGCUCGAGGCGGUCCCCGUCUCCACUGGAGAGGAGGACGAAGAUACCAUUCUCGAUCUGAAAUCGAAGCUCUACCGAUUCGAUAAAGAUGGGAACCAGUGGAAGGAGAGAGGUGCCGGUACUGUGAAGCUCCUCAAGCACAAGGAGACCAGCAAGGUCCGCCUGGUUAUGAGACAGUCCAAGACCCUCAAGAUCUGCGCCAACCAUCUCGUUCUUCCGACGAUGACGGUACAGGAACACGCCGGGAACGAGAAGUCGUGUGUGUGGCAUGCGACUGAUUACGCGGAUGGUGAACUGAAGGACGAGCUUUUCUGCAUUAGAUUUGCUUCCAUUGACAAUUGCAAAGCCUUCAUGGAGAAGUUUCAAGAAGUCGCUGAAUCCCAAGGCAAGAAAGAGGAAAACAAAGAUGCUGCUGCAGCUGCUGGGCUUCUUGAGAAGUUAAGCGUUGAAGAAAAGAAAACUGAGGACAAAGCUGGGGAGGAGGUACCCGUUGCAUCCGAAAAGGAAACUGAGGACAAAGCUGGGGAGGAGGUACCCGUUACAUCCGAAAAGGAAACUAAGAGUGAUUCAGAAAAGACACAGAAGAAAGAUGAGGAGCCUGCUUCCUCAAGUUGAAGAGGUGAUGAUUUUAAUGCCAUAAAUACCUGGCAAUAUGAUGAGGUUGGUUGGCCGACCUUUUUCCCACCCAUGUCUUGGUAUACGCAUGCAGCGAAAAUUCAUAGGAUUGUGAUUUGUGGGUUGGAUGGUUUGGGUCGUCUUGUGCGUCCUUCAGAUGGAGUCUUUUUCAACAUUUGGUCAAACUUCGUUUCUUGUUUUUGGGUAUUUGAGGGUUGUGUUUUUGCGAUCUUGGAAUUGUCGGAGUUCAGCUUAUUAUCAACACUAUUUAUUUACUUGAUGUAUGCUGCGAGUCAUUAAGCUCGGGAGGUGCUGCAGGAAAGAGCUAUUAUACACCGAGUUUUGUGCA